CUCCUCUUCUUUCUCUCCUUUUUAUCUUCUAUUGCCCCCCCUUUUCCUACCUUCUUGCUUUUGCUCUCUUACCCCCUCGUAGCCCCCGAGAUACGCUCGGCGGUUAUAUCUCUCGGUGGUGGUGCCUGGGCUUAUCAGACAGUUUCAGGUCGCAGCGACUCGUAUCAGGAAGUGAAAUUGUCUCACGCAUUCUACUAGCUGCAGGUGAAUCGACCCGUGUCAACUGCCCGUCGGCGUCCCACCCCUUUGUCCCAACCGUCCUGCACAUACAGAGUCGCUCAAUCCAUCCCGCAUACCAUCCGCCUCGGCACCUGACCCCGACAGGACGUCAGACAUACCGUUGAUAUCGCCAAAACUGUUGCGUUGUUACUUUCAUCAUCUCGAACCCCACUUUGGCAUCUUUACGACCGCCACUGUUAGCUACAUGGUCUUCUGAUGGCAGUGAACGGCUGUUGACACCCCCUCUGCCUAAUCUCCAGCUCUCACACCCAUUCUACUAUGGGACAGUCCUCUUCUACACAACGUGAACCACCUGAUAUCGGAUAUCCGGAACCCCAUUCGCCUUUCUCGACACAACGUGGCCCGAACACGAGGGAUGAAGAAAUGAACCAUAGGCAGGCGGCUGAACACAACGGGGAGGGUGGCUUCUCGCAACGUGCCGAGAUGGACACGAAUAGGGGCGAACAAGAUACACUCGAUAUGACAAGUGAGGCACAGGAAACAUGGCAAGAACCCGCGCGGUUCUCCGGUGGAAUUUCGCAACCCAUGCGCAGUAUCGAAGAGGAGAGUGACCCAGAGAUUGAACUGUCGUCGCGCGAAAUACGCACUGCAGCCUUCGCUCGAAUGGCAGCUCGGAGGCAAUCGACGAUGUCAAGACUGGGUUCUAGGCUGCUUCCCAAUUCAGUCAUUCGUGGGCUUCUCAACAGCCAAGAAGAAACCCCGGCUGAGGGUCAUGCACACCGACAUGGGCUAGUGUCUAGACCCAUUCCAAGGUCAGAGACGACCUAUACAAGUGGUCGCUUCAGUCCUUUCACAUCACUCAGCUCAAGAGGGAUUACUCGGCGUCGACCUACCCGAGGGCCUUAUUUCAUUCCGCCUCGCUCGGGAUCCUCUGGACCACCAGACUCCUCUGGAAAUCCGCCAUAUCUCGAUUCCGCCGAUCAAGUUCCAGAGCCUACAAGAGCCUCCUGGCGUCGCAGUGUUCGAUUGAGCCGCGUGCGAAAUUCCAUUUCCUCUCCCAUCUCUCACAUGUUUGGUCAACCACACUCAAAUUUGCCGGGCCACGGAAACCCGGCACAUCGUAUGUCGGAUCCAUCGUUGGAUGGGAGAGCGAUGGACACCCGGAUGGACUUCGGUGAACCGCCCCAUGAACUUGAUUCAGUGGAACCAGCCAUUCAGGCAGGGGGUUCGUUAGCCGGCCCGCCUCCUGAGCACACGAAUCCUGCUUUGAUGCGCCGAUUGCCUGGUCUUCUACGAGCAAGAUCAUCUAGAGCACUGAGACGGGAGGAGCAAACUCCUCUGUCAAGAGUUCUCCAGCUCGCUGCAGCGGCAAUUGCCGCUCAGCUCUCCGGUACUGCUGGCCCUGCCUUGCCCAACAUCCAGGCCCUAGGAAAUGAUGGCAUAGAUGGCUCUUUGGAGACCUUUAUCCAAAGUUUACAGCACGCGACCUCUGCCCAAGCCCAGCCACCCGCAGAAGGAGAAGGACCGAGUGGUUCUACGAACGAAGAACCCUCACCCCCUGUCAAUUUCCUGCGUGUUUUCCGAUUUGCCAAUUCAGAUUCGCCGGCGGGCCCUGGUGCUUCAGAACAGAACGCAAACGGCCGUGGCGAUCGCGGUACCCAGACCCCCGAGGGAAUGGACGUUGACGAGCCUGCUGAAGGCGAAGGACGAACAGUGACUCUGGUUGUGGUUGGUGUUAGAUCGGUCCCGGCAGGGAAUGGAGGCACUGAGCAACAAGGCCCUCCACCCCCGGGUGCUGGGGGAGCCGGUUUGGAUGCUCUUCUUGGUCUGCCAUUCUUGCCACCCAAUGUUAUUCCUCGACCGCAGGAUGCCACGGGUGAUACGACGCAACGGGGAGAGCCACGUUUCAGAUUGCCUAUUCCUCGUCAUCCGGGCCAGACAGGACUCCAUUCCCCCACUGGAGCACCAGCCCCGUCUCGUCCAGCAGGGCACAAUACUUCCAGAAGAUUAUCUGAUGCCGGGCCCCGUGCUGCGUUCCCAUCCUUCCCCCCUUCUGCCUUCUCGGACAGUCCUCCAGGGCCCCACCCUCCGCCAUCCACUCCAGCUGAUCAGGGUCUGUCUACUGUGUCCUCGGGCACUUCUACUCCAAGUCGCAGACCGUCUUCUGCCUCGGCAAUUGCUCCAGAUAUUCUGCCCCAGCUGAACGAGGGCCAGGCAAUGCGGCCGAGGCCGGGGUCUACGGAGGAGCCUUCGACAUUCAAUUAUGCUCACCAGCGACGCCGUAGCGAUUCCGAGUUCGCUCGUCAUCGGGCACUAGGCUCUGGCGCUGUCCGGCGAAAUGGCAUGGUUGAGCCCGACCAGCCCCCACCAAGCGGAGGUCGUAGUUGGUUGAUCUAUGUUGUUGGAACCAAUCUCUCCGAGAACCAUCCGGCUUUGACCACUCCAAGCCUUUUCACUGAUAACCCAACCUAUGAGGAUAUGAUCCUGCUCUCAUCACUAUUGGGUCCAGCUAAACCCCCUGUCGCCUCUCAGUCCGAUGUCAACUCCGCAGGCGGACUAUUUCGUCUUGUUGAGUAUGGCGGCUCCUUGGUUGCAGAAGCCCUGGAUGGCGCUGGCGCCGUUCAAAUCCAAGAUGGGGAGCGUUGCUUGAUCUGCCUGAGUGACUACGAAGUGGCAGAAGAGGUCCGAGAACUGAAUAAAUGCAAGCAUGUUUUCCACAAGGACUGCAUAGAUCAGUGGUUAACUACUGGGCGUAACUCUUGUCCCCUUUGCCGAGGUCAAGGUGUAAAUGAAACAACCAGCAAUGCAAACUCAGCGCCCGAGUCCGCUCCUGCUCCUGCUCCUGCUCCCGCUCCCGCUCCAAAUGGCACAUCCGUCUAAUCCUCCUUCAACCCCAAGCAUGGCAACCUCUGCUGUGUGAACAACCUCUCAACUUUGGAUCUUGACCUCUUCUCUCUUUUCAGCUUUAGCAUGAAGCGUCUGUUUAGAUUAAUGAUUUUGUUUUCUCAUGGAUAUCCCCUUUGCAUUUCUUUCGCGCUUUAUUUCUGGGUGCUUUUCUUAUGCUUGUCAUAUUGGAAUAUUUCUUUCGGGUCUCGAAGGCGAUGCCUUUUAACUUUCAACUUCGAGCCUUUCAGCGCUGGUCUUAUCAUUUCUGGUCUUGCUCUCUUGGACGGCUUCCAGUGUAUUUCUAGCAUGGCUCGCCAUGUCCAUGACGCAUUGGCUCUGAUCGAAAUUUGGAAAUGUUCCAAGCGCUAAAACUUCCAUGUUUGAUCAACAUAGGG